AUGGAGGUUUCCGCACCGGAUCUGGAAGGCCCCAAGGUUGAGCUUGAGGCCCCCGACAUCGACAUCAAAGGCCCUGAAGGAAAACUGAAGGGUCCCAAGUUCAAGAUGCCCGAGAUGCACAUCAAGGCCCCCAAGAUCUCCAUGCCCGACGUUGACCUGAACCUGAAAGGUCCCAAGGUGAAAGGAGACGUAGAGGUGGCAGUGCCAGGAGCUGAAGGUGAACUGAGAGGUCCAGAGGUCAACAUCAGUGCACCGAAAUUAGACAUUGGUGCCCCUGAUGUUGAUUUCGAUAGCCCGGAGGGUAAAUUCAAGUUGCCUAAAUUCAAAAUGCCCAAGUUUUCCAUGCCUGGCUUUAAAGGGGAGGGAGGGGGUGUGGAUGUGAACCUCCCCCAGGGAGACGUUGAGGUUUCGGGCCCCAGCAUAGACGUCCAAGCUCCUGAUCUCAACGUGGACGGCAAAGUCAAAGGUCCCAAGUUUACGAUGCCCGAGAUGCACAUUAAGGCUCCCAAGGUUUCCAUCCCCGAUGUCGACUUCAACAUCAAGGGGCCUCAGCUGAAAGGAGAUGUGGAUAUUUCGGGACCCAGGCUUGAAGGUGAUUUGAAAGCUCCCCAAAUUGAUGUGAAAGCCCCCAAAAUCGACGUCGAAGCUCCUGAUGUGACCAUGGAAGGGCCGGAAGGGAAACUCAAAGGUCCAAAAUUCAAGAUGCCAGAAAUGCACAUCAAGGCACCCAAGUUCUCCAUGCCCGACGUUGACUUUAACCUGAAAGGCCCCAAACUGAAGGGAGACGUGGACGUCUCGGCACCAAAGCUGGAAGGGGAUUUGCAGUGUCCGGAUGUUGACAUCAAAGGCCCCAAGUUGGACGUUCAGGCACCUGACGUGACCAUCGAAGGGCCGGACGGAAAACUGAAAGGGCCCAGGAUCAAGAUGCCAGAAAUGCACGUCAAGACCCCCCAGAUCUCCAUGCCGGACAUAGACUUGAACCUGAAGGGACCGAGGUUGAAAGGCGACGCGGAUCUUCAGGGCCCGAAGCUCGAGGGAGGUCUGAAGGGUCCGGAGGUUGACAUUAAGGGUCCCAAAAUAGAUAUCGAGGGCCCAGAGGUUGAUGUUGAUGGUCUGGAGGGAAAAAUGAAGCUGCCCAAAAUGAAGCUGCCCAAGUUUGGCUUGAAAGGAGAAGGUCCUGACGUGGAGGUGAACCUGCCAGAGGUCGAUCUUUCAGGCCCCAAGGUAGAUAUCGGCGUCCCGGAUGUGAGCGUGGAAGGUCCAGAGGCCAAAGUGAAAGGUCCUAAACUGAAGAUGCCAGAAAUGCACGUGAACGUUCCUAAAAUCUCAAUGCCCGAGAUAGAUUUGAAUUUGAAAGGCCACAAAACGAAGGGAGGCUUUGACGUUUCAACCCCAAAGAUAGAAGGUCACCUGAAAGGUCCCGAAGUUGAUAUCAAAGGCCCAGAAUUUGGAAUCAAAAGCCCUGAGGUCGACGUUGAAUGUCCCGACCUGAACAUCGAAGGCCCGGAGGCAAACGUCAAAUUUCCCAAAUUUAAGAAGUCCAAGUUUGGGUUUGGGAUGAAGAGCCCAAAGGCAGAAAUCAAGGUCCCGGGGGCAGAAGUGGAUUUCCCUGAGGCGGAGCUGAACGUGGAGUCGCCCGAUAUCAACGUUGCCGGAAAGGGUAAAAAGAGCAAGUUCAAGAUGCCCAAACUUCAUAUGAGCGGCCCUAAAGUUAAAGGAAAGAAAGGCGGCUUCGAUGUCAACGUGGCCGGCGGAGAGCUCGACGCCAAUCUGAAAUCUCCCGACCUGGAUAUGAACGUAGCCGGUCCGGACGUGACGGUAAAAGGUGAGGCGACGGUGAAAUCCCCCAAAGGGAAGAAACCCAUGUUUGGGAAAAUCUCCUUCCCGGAUGUCGAAUUUGACCUUAAAUCGCACAGAUUCAGAGGGGAUGCUUCUGUGGCCGUCCCCAAAAUAGAGGGGGAACUUAAAGCUCCUGAUCUAGAGGUCUCGGUGCCAACUGCCAAAGGUGACCUAAAAGGCCCGAGUCUCGCCGUGGACGUUGCCGUUCCCUCCAUCCCGGUGCCGGACAUCGACUUAAAUGUGAAAGGACCAAAAGUAAAAGGUGAAGUCGGCGUUCCUGGAGUAGAACUGGAAGGUCCCGAAGGAAAGCUGAAAUUGCCCAAGGUGGGGAAAAUGGGUCUCGGUCUGGAAAUGCCGGAUGCGAAUUUGGAUAUCUCCGUCCCGGCCGUGGAAGGAAGCGCGAGCCUCCCUUCGGCUGAUGUGAACCUCCGAGGUGGUGAUGUGAAACUCAGAGGGCCUCAAAUCUCUGGCCCCGAUUUCGAUGGAAACCUGAAAGGACCAAAAAUAAAGGGAGAUCUGGAUGUUUCGAGUUCUGCGGAAGGGCCAAACGUCAGCCUGGACGCGCCGGGCAUUGACAUUGGAGGUUCGGGAGGAAAACUGCAGCUGCCGAAGUUUAAAUCCCCCACUAUGGAGGCACCUGAUCUGGGCGUGAAAGGAGGCGUCGACUGCUCCGUCCCACAAAUGGCGGUGGAUGCCAAAGCCCCGGGUGCAAAUCUCAAUCUCGGCAUCCCGGGCUUCGAUAUCAAAGGGCCUUCGGUGGACGUUUCCGCCCCGGAUUUGGACAUAAACCUGAAAGGACCAAAGCUGAAAGGCGAUCUUGACGUUUCUGCGGGGGUUAAAUCCCCCAAAGCAUCAGCGGACGCGCCCGAUGUCGGCUUUGAAAUUCUGGGUGGCACGAUCAAGCUCCCGUCCCUCAAGCUCCCCCAGUUUGGUCUUUCCAGUCCUGGUGUGAAUGGAGCUGACGUAGGCGUCAGUCUUGAAGGUCCCCAAGUGAAAGGACCAAACCUACGGGGCGAUGUAGACGUUGCCGGUGAAAUCAAAGGUCCAAAAGUCAGCGUGGAAGGACCUCGUGUCGACGUUAAGGAGCCCGGAGUGGGCGUCCACCUUGAUGCUCCUGCCUUGGACACGUCCGCACUGAAAGUUUCCGGGUCGGGUUUUAACGUCAACGUAAAAGGGCCGAAGAUCAAAGACCCCGAGGCGAAGGGCAGAGAGAUGGGGGUCGACGUCGAGUUCCCCGGGGCGGAUGCUAACCUCCAGGCUGGCGCCGCCGCGGAGCUCGAGUCGGAGGAGGCGGACGUCAGGCUGAAGAAAUCCAAAAUCAAAAUGCCCAAGUUUAACUUUUCCAAGCAGAAGGGGAAGAGCAGCGGUGCCCUGGGCUCCCCGGAGGGUUCCAAAGGUGACCUGAAGAGCUCCAAGGUCAGCUUGGGGUCCGCAGAAGGCGAGCUCGAGGGGGGAGAGGGUCCGUCGGCGAAAGGGAAGUUCUCCCUCUUUAAAAGCAAGAAGACGCGUCACCGGUCGUCGUCCUUCAGCGACGAGCGCUCGUCCCACUCCACACCCACGGGAACCCUGGAGCUGGACGUCGCCUCGGGCACCGAUAAGGGGAAACAGGGCAAAAUGAAAUUCGGGACGUUUGGGGGGAUCGGCUCUAAAACCAAAGGUUCUUACGAGGUGACGGGCAGCGACGAGGAGAUGGGGAAGGCGCAGGGCAGCGGGGUCUCGUUAGCAUCCAAAAAAUCACGGUUGUCUUCCUCCUCCAGCAACGACAGCGGGACGAAGGGCGGCUUCCGCAUGCCGGGCGUGGAGCUGACGGUGGCCAAGAAGAAGGAGUAG